AUGACAACAAUAAUAAUACGAUCACCAUAUCAAAAUGAGAAAAUCAUUGCUUAUGAUAUUCAUUUACAAAAAAAUCAUAUAUGGUUCAUCACUGAUAAUCAUCGAUUAUAUCGUAUGAAAAUUGAUAAUCAAAAUAAUCAAAUACAAUUAGAAGGUGAAUAUCGUUGGUUUACAAUAACACAAUUGGCCAUUGAUUGGAUACAUAAUCUUCUUUAUAUGGUUGCUGAUCAAUCAGACAUUAUUCUUACAUCGAUCGCUAAUGAACAAUCACCAUACGUACCAUCAAUUAAUCGUCCAACAUCGUUAUUAUUUUCAUCAUAUCGUCGUACGAUAAGAAAAUUAUUAAUCUGUCCAGGUUUAUCGUUACUUGUUUGGCAUGAAAUUGAUUGGUCAGAUGCUAAUGAAAAUCGUUUACAAAUAGCACAACAAGAUGGUACUGAAAUGGCAAUGAUUUAUAAAAGUCGUACAUUCAUAUACGAUGUACAGAUUGAUCAAUCGAAUUAUGUUGUCUAUUUUGUGACAAAUGGACAAUUAGGUGAGAUAUCAUUACAAUCACCAGAUGAAUAUCAUCAAAAUUCCGAUGCCAUACAGAAACAUACACGAAUGUUUCGUUUACAGAAUAAUUAUGUAAAAAAUUUCAAUCUUAUUUAUCCAUAUUUUGUUGAAUACAAAUACAAUGGAUUAUUUGCAUAUAAAAUUGAUUAUAUAAGUCAAACACUUGAAGAUCAACCAACCAAACAAAAUUAUUUGGCCGAUUUAACUUAUUGGUCAUCUCGUUUAUCAUCGAAUCAGGAAUUCCAUUUAAUUCAUCGUUAUACACAACCAAGUGGACAAAUUGAACCAUUAUGUCCAUCAUCAAGAAAAUCAUUCUGUUCUGAAUUGUGUGUACCGAAUGGAAAUCGAUAUAGAUUUACAUGUCUUUGUUAUAGUUAUGAUAAAACAUGUGAAGAUUAUGGACAUUAUAAUCAUGAUGAAAAAACUACAACAACCACCACUACAACUACUACUACGACCACCACCGCCGCCACCACAACAACGAUGAAACCAAAUAAAUUACGUUCGAAAUUUCGUAGUUUUUCAGAUCCAGAAUUUUGGCAACACUAUAACCAAACAUCUGGAAUUAAAAUCCAUGACAAUAUGGAAUUGAAUAAAAAUAUCCGAAAACUGUCAUCAUCCAACAUGGUUCAUAUUACGAUUCCUUUUGCAUCGUUACCAUCAUCAACGACAAUGGCAACAUUGAAAAAUAUUACCGAACAAUCGAAAAAUUCUCUUGCGACAUUAUCA